CAGGAUGCCGGAGCCCGAUACCCGGAUGGACGUGGGGAGGUGGGCGAGUGCAAGCUACCGGGUGCGCCAGCCUGGCCCCCCAGAUCCCCAGCCUGAAAGGAGGAAGCGAUCCUUCUUCAGCAUUUGCAGAUGCUGCAAAUGCUGCGCGGGGCCCAGGGACGACACGGACUGGGGGCCGGCCUGGGGAAGUGCGGGGGUCCCGGCGGCCCAGCCAGUCAUCCGGGAGGGGAUGCUUGUGGUGAGCAGUGUGGACCUGAUGGGGCAGCGCUCGGGGGCAACACGCCGAGCCCACCACACGGACGAGUUCGAGUACGACGAGCUGAUCGUGCGCCGGGGGCAGCCCUUCGACAUCCGCCUGCAGCUGCGGCAGCCCUACGACCCCGAGCUGCACCGGGUCUGCCUGGAGCUGCUCAUUGGCCCCACACCCCAGGUGUCCAAGGCCACCCACAUCCUGGUGCCGGUGGGGGCCCCACUGCCUGGGCUGGGCUGGGCAGCAGAAGUGAGGGACUCCAGCAACAACAGCCUGUCCCUGCGGGUCACCACCGCCCCCACCGCCGUCAUCGGCAAGUACCGCUUCAGUGUCAAGACCCGGAGCCGGGCAGGCGAGUACCAGAUGCCCUUCGACCCCCGCAACGAGAUCUACAUCCUCUUCAACCCCUGGUGCCGUGAGGAUGCCGUGUACCUGCCCCGGGACGACUGGCUGGAGGAAUACGUGCUCAACGAGAGCGGGCGCAUCUACUACGGCACCGAGAGCCAGAUCGGGGAGCGCACCUGGAACUAUGGGCAGUUUGACCGGGGGCUGCUGGACGCCUGCCUGUACAUCCUGGACCGGCGCGGGAUGCCCCACUCGGGGCGCGGGGACCCCAUCAGUGUCUCCCGCGUUGUCUCCGCCAUGGUGAACUCCCUGGACGACAACGGGGUGCUGGUGGGGAACUGGACGGGUGACUACUCGCGGGGCACCAACCCCUCGGCCUGGGUGGGCAGCGUGGACAUCCUGCGGCAGUACCACCGCACCGGCUACCCCGUCCUCUACGGCCAGUGCUGGGUCUUCGCCGGCGUCGUCACAACUGUCCUGCGGUGCUUUGGGAUCGCCACCCGCACGGUCACCAACUACAACUCGGCCCAUGACACGGAUGUCAGCCUCACCAUGGACAUCUACUUCGACGAGAACAUGAAACCACUGGAACGGCUCAAUGCCGACUCCGUCUGGAAUUUCCACGUGUGGAAUGACUGCUGGAUGACCCGGCCCGACCUGCCCUCAGGGUAUGACGGGUGGCAAGUGGUCGAUGCCACCCCCCAAGAGACCAGCAGUGGUAUCUUCUGCUGCGGGCCCUGCUCGGUGGAGGCCAUUAAGAAAGGGCUGGUGUAUCUGAAGUACGACGCGCCCUUCAUCUUUGCUGAGGUGAACAGCGACAAAGUGUACUGGCAGCGCCAGGCCGAUGGCACCUACAAGAUCAUCUACGUGGAGGAAAAGGCCAUCGGGCACCUGAUCAGCACCAAGGCCGUGGGCUCGCACCAGCGUCAUGACAUCACCGAUCUCUACAAGCACCCUGAGGGCUCGGAAGCCGAGCGGCAGGCAGUGGAAACGGCGGCACGGCAUGGCACCAAGGCGCAUGUCUACAAGAACAAGGAGUGGGGCGAGGACGUGUCGCUGAGCGUGGAGACCUCAGAGGCCAUCAUGGGCCAGGACGUGAGCAUCCAGGUGGCCCUGAGCAACCGGGGCAGCAGCAGCCACAGCGUGGCCCUCAGCCUGCACCUAGCCCCCAUGUUCUACACGGGCGUGACGGGGAGCACCUUCAAACAGGAGAGCCGGCAGGUGGAGAUCCCGCCGGGAGGAGCCCAGUCCGUCCGCAUGGUGGUGUCCUAUGCUGAGUACCAGCCACACCUCAUGGACCAGGCCGCCCUCAUGCUCAGCGUCUCUGGGAAGGUGGCUCAGACCGGGCAGGUACUCGCCAAGCAGCACAGCUUCCGCCUGCGCACACCGGACCUGACGCUCACGGUGCUGGGCCCAGCUGUGGUGGGGAAGGAGACCCAGGUGCAAGUCGUCUUCAAGAACCCACUGCCCCAGACGCUGACGGGCGCUGUCUUCCACAUGGAGGGAUCGGGGGUGUCCAGCCCCAAGGCCACGGCCAUAGGGAUCAUCGGUGGGCACCAAACGAUCUCCUUCCGCCAGACAUUCGUGCCGCUCCGGGCCGGGCGGCGCCAGCUGGUGGCCAGCCUGGACAGCCCACAGCUCUCCCAGGUCCACGGGGUGGUGACUGUGGAUGUAGCCCCAGCCGCAGGGGGCCAGCCAGCUCCCGCCCGCAGCUCCCCGGCACGGGGCUCCCCAGCCAGGGGCUCCCCGGCACGGGGCUCCCCGGCACGGGGCUCCCCAGCCAGGGGCUCCCCGGCACGGGGCUCCCCUUCGCGCCAGCCAGACCCCCGGAACUCUCCUGCCCGUCACCGAGACCCAGGCCGAGCCGGCCGGGCCGGCUGAGCCCCACAGGAGCCAAAGGGGUGCUCUGUGCCGCAGGCGGGAGCGGGGGCUGGGGGUCUGCCCACCCCCAUCGCCCACACCUCCAGCCGUGUUGAAAUGCGGCUCCAUCCAUCCACACUCCCCCUCCUCCUCCGUCCCCCGACACCUGCCCCCCUCUGUCUCCAUCCACCCAGCCCCGCAGCCCCUCUCUGAAGUCCCCCAAGCUGCCGUCCUGCCCGCUGCUGACCCAUCGCCCCUGCUUUCCACCCCCACCUCAGACAGACGGAACAGCUCUUCCCGGACUCCUGGGUUCCCCCCAGCAGGCCCCCCCUGCUCUCUGCGCCGCACCCCGGGGGCUCCGCCCGGACAGCGGAGGCGGAUCCGGUCCGGGGUUGAGGGGGGAAGGGGGGGCAGAGCCCCAGCGCGGGAGCCCCCCCCCCCAUGGCUGGGCCGGGUGGUUCCCGAGCCGGGGAGACCCGGGGGGGCCGCGGGCGCGGAUCGUUAUUUGCAAUAAAGGGUUUGCCCCC